UGAUUGAAAAUUAUCGGCUGCAGAGGCUAAACAGCUGCUUAGCUGCUUUUAUUUUAUUUCAUAAUAAGACAAGUUUUGUAUUUUUGUAAAUUAAAAAGACAUGCAAAGUGCACGCAGCAGCAGCAGCAGGCUGUUGAGCCUGGCAAGGCAUAUGAUACGACGCAGCGCGACAAAUGCAGCAAAUACAGGCAGACAAACUGCGGGGGCGGACGCAGGCGCGGAGCAAACCACACACUUUGGCUAUCAGACGGUCAAGGAAAGCGAAAAGGAGGCCAAGGUGCACGAGGUGUUUGAGCAGGUGGCCAAGUCCUAUGAUCUGAUGAACGAUGCCAUGUCCAUGGGUAUACAUCGUGUUUGGAAAGAUGUGUUCAUAGAGCGUUUGGGCCCAACGCAUGGUAUGCGUCUGCUGGACAUGGCUGGCGGCACAGGCGACAUCAGUUUUCGUUAUCUCAAAUAUUUGGCCAAUCAGGCCAACCCCCAGCAGCGUCAGAGCCAUGUAACCAUUUCGGAUAUCAAUCAACAUAUGCUAGACGUGGGCAAGGAGCGUGCGCGACAGCUAACACAAUUGCCCAACUGCAGCAUAGACUGGAAAUGCGCUGACGCAGAGAAACUGCCCUUCGCCAGCGAUAGCUUCAAUGCCUAUACCAUAGCCUUUGGCAUAAGAAACUGUACGCACAUAGAUCAGGUGCUCAGCGAGGCUUAUCGCGUGCUGCAGCCAGGCGGACGCUUUAUGUGCCUGGAGUUUAGCCACUUGCCCAAUGAGACCAUGCAGUGGCUCUACGAUCAGUACUCUUUUCAGGUAAUACCGCCCAUGGGACAGCUGCUGGCUGGACAAUGGCAGGCCUAUCAGUAUCUGGUGGAGAGCAUACGUCGCUUUCCACGUCAGGAUCAGUUCAAGCGCAUGAUUGAGCAGGCGGGCUUUGCUCAUGUCACUUACGAGAAUCUAACCUUUGGCGUGGUUAGCAUACACUCGGGCUUUAAGCUGUAGAAAUGGCUGUAGACAAAUUAACUGCUUAGCAAAAUACAAAAUUUUUUUUUUUGUACAAUUUUAAAACUGAAAA